ACCACCAACUGCACAGACCCAUCAUCGCCAUCACCAUCUUCUUCGUCGUCAUCAUCUUCGUAAAAUUCCGAAGAAUUAUCGUCUUAUCCCAAAACUGGAUGAAAUUCCGAAGAUUAGACUUGUAAAAUUCCGAAGAGUUGUGGGAGUAAGGUUGAGAAAUUCAGAGCUGGGUGUGUUGUUGUUGUUUUGCUGAGAGCAAAACUCGUCAAGUCUCCAAACCCUUGUCUUGCUUUGUUCUUUCACUACCACACCCUUUUCUUUUCUUUCCCUCUCUCUCUCUCUCUCUCUCUCUCUCUCUCUAAAUUUCUAAACACACGCAGACCGUAUAGUCUCUCUCUACAGAGAGAUAUAUAAUAAAAUCCACUCCCAACUAAUAUUCAUGCACAUAUCUAUCAAGCCCACCACCACCAAAACCAAGAAUCCAGCUAUCAUUAUUUUGUUCACAUUUGUUACAAACACUUAAAGUCGGAAAUAUUUUGGAAUUCGAAGGUCUCUCAUUCUCAUUCUCCCUUUCGCUUCUGAACUCUGAGAGAGAGAUCCCAGAAAAGUUCAUCGAGAUGUCAAGAGCUUCGUCGGUUGGAUCUCAAUCUCAAUCAAUCACUGACAGCAGUUUCUCUCGCACCUUCAAGUACUUGCUUGCUACGCAAUUCUUGUCAAGGGGAAUUCCAUUUAUAUUCAAUGCGUGGAUCGUCAGGCACCUUUCAGUUGAGGACUUUGCGCUCUAUGGAGUACAAUUUCCUCUUUUUGUCACCUGUGUACUGUUUCUCAGUCGUGAGGGAGUUCGGCGAGCAUGCCUUCGGGCAGACAUGAAAAGUGAUGGUACUUCAACAGAAGAAAAUAUAGCAAAGAUAAUGACAUUUGCCUGGUUAAUUCCCCCAUGUGGAAUUCUUCUUACUGUUGCAGCAUGCGGUGUUGUCUUCUGGAAUAAAGGCUUAAGCUUUUCUGAUCCAUAUGGGCAAGCAAUCUUGAUUAAUGGCUCUGCAUGUAUUUUUGAACUACUGGCAGAGCCCUUGUAUAUCCUUUCUCAGAACUUGCUUCUGCUUAAACUAAGGCUAGUAGUUGAGACAGUUGCUACUCUUUCCCGCUGCAUAACAAUGUUCAUUCUCAUUGUCAAGCAAACUGACAUGGAUAAAGCGAUUGUAUUUUCAUUGUCACAAACUGCAUAUGGAGUGUGCUUGUUCCUAGGUUAUUGGGUCUAUUUUCUUCUUUUUGGUACAUGUAGAAGUUCUGCUAUUUUUCCAUUCAGAGUAAAGAAUAAGAAGCAUUAUGAUGGGCAGCUGUCUGACAUGUGUAAGUUGUUUACACUUCAAUCCUUCAUGAAGUUGAUCCUUCAAGAAGGACAAAGUCUUGUCCUUUUAUGGUGGGCGACAUAUUAUAACCAAGCCGUAUAUGGACUUGUGGACAAAUUAGGGAGCCUAGUGGUGAGGCUGGUGUUUCUUCCUUUUGAAGAAAGUUCCUAUGCUACAUUUGCAAGGUCUGCAUCAGGAAAAGACCCAAAUAAAGACAGGAGGCUAGGAAGUAGCCUUACAGAGGCCCUUAAACUGGUUUUGUUAAUAGGUCUUGUAUUUAUGGCGUUUGGUCCAAGUUAUGCUUAUUCUCUCAUCAGAUUGUUGUACGGACAGAAAUGGAGUGAUGGGGAGGCAUCAACAGCCCUUCGAUAUUAUUGCAUUUAUAUAAUUGUUCUGGCUAUGAAUGGAACAUCUGAAUCAUUUCUACAUGCCGUUGCAAAAGAGAAGCAACUAGUACGGUCAAACCUUUCAACGUUUAUGUUCGCAAUAAUACAUGUAGUACUGAAUAUCCUGCUGAUCAACUCAGCUGGUGCAGUUGGCUUAAUUUUGGCAAACUCAAUAAAUAUGAUCCUGAGAAUAGCGUACUCUGGGGUAUUCAUCAAGCAAUAUUUCCAGGAUUCCUCCUCAUUUUCUUUUUACAGAUGCUUACCUUCAGGAUGGAAGGUCCUACUGUUUUCAGGAAUAACAACUAUUAUUUCUGAGAGGAUAUUUCUGGACAGGGAGAAUUUCUGGCCGACUUUCUUUGUUCAUUUCUCCAUUGGGGUCGCUUGCUUCUGCAUGUCGUCGUUUGUCAUAUAUCACCGCGAGAGAUCCUUCAUCAACAGAAUUAUCCGCUUCCGCGAUCACUCGGACUAAGAAAACAGACUUUUCAUGAUCCAUCUAAGCGUGUAGUGAAUAUUUAUUUGCCACUAAUCUGAUUGACAACUUCGUACAUGCGUAUCUGGGUAUGAGGAUUACCGAUUACAAUGCAGAAAAAACAACAGGAUGGGGAUUAAAGAUACCUAUGGAAGGUAACUGUAAGCACCUACUGAUAUAUCUAUGUAAUUUUUUGAGUAUGCAUUAAUGAGAAAGAAAUAGGUGCUGGAUUAUAGACAAAUGCACAAGGGAGAACCCAUUUAGUGGGAAUUUUUAGAGAAUUUAUACCAGAAAGAUUUCAUUACAUUUCAUAUGUGGGAACUUUCAAAGCAGGGAUAUUAUAAUGUAAAUCUCCUUAUAAGAACUAGAAUUACUGCAAUAUCUCUUUUA